AUGUUCAAAUUAUCAUUCUCCCGGUUCUUUAGCUACGCAACCCUCUUGCCCGCAUGGUCGGUAUAUGUUGCUCUUUAUCUAUCGGACCUAUCAUCAGCUAUCAAGUUCAGAUUUGAUCCUGUCGACGUUAUUGUCCGAGAUGUUGCUGUUGUGGGUGGAGGCGCAAGUGGUACUUAUGCUGCCAUGCGUUUGCAACAAGAUUUCAAUAAAUCCGUCGUGGUUGUGGAGAAAGAACAGACUUUGGGAGGGCAUACGCACACAUACUACGAUCCCGUCUCUUCAUCAACCAUCGAACUGGGUGUCGUGGCGUUUAACGACCUACCUCUGGUACAUAACUUCUUCUCUCGCUUUAAUAUACCUUUGACAAGGUUGUUUUUCAAUUCAAGCCUCCCAAGCAUUGACUUCCGGACUGGUCAGCCAGUCUACGCCCCUGCUAGCCUAAACGCAACAGAAGGAACAUUCGAAAGAUGGAAUCAGAACUUAAUGCGAUUUCCCAACCUCGAUAAGGGCUACAACUUUCCAUUGCUAGUACCAGAUGACAUCUGGCGUCCAUUUGGUCAGUUUGUAAAAACUCAUAACCUGACUGCCAUCGUCCCAUAUAUAUGGACAAUCGAUCAAGGCAUCGGAGAUAUUCUGAAUCUACCCACAAUCUAUGUUGUGAAAAGCUUCGGGCCGCAGAUGCUGCGCAGUUUGUCAACAGGCUUUCUAGCAACUGUUCGGCAGAAUAAUCAGGAAGUUUACGACAGAGCACUAGCGCAUCUGCAGCGCACCGAAAGCGUGCUCCUCAACAGCUCAGUUGUGGGCAUGAACCGGGAUGCUGUCGGACCGUCUGGACACGCCGUCGUUGCCACGCCCUCUGGCCACAAGCUCCUCCAGGUUAAACGAUUUCUUUUUACCAUUCCUCCAAAACUGGAUGUCUUGACUGGUUUUGACCUAAGUCACCAAGAAACGUCACUAUUUUCUGGUUUCGAAAAUAUGGCCUAUUUUAGUGGUCUUCUUCGAAAUAUGUCUAUCCCUCAAGAUACAACUCUUUCUAACAGAGCUACAAACCCUUUCACAUAUUAUCUUCCACGUUUACCGACCACAUAUACCCUGGGUCCAAUACAUGCUCGUUCCUCUCUUACAAGUGUUAAAUUCGGCAGUAAUAUCUCCAUGUCCGUUGAGCAAGUUCGAAGUCAGGUCAUGGAUGAGACCGGUCAAGUUGCUCCUGGGAAGCCUGUACGAUUCGAAAAGGUCGUCAAUCACGGACGGUACGCACUACGUGUCUCGCCAGAAUUGAUUCGCAGCGGUUUCUACCGAAGACUCAACAACCUUCAAGGCCGUCGUCGCUCUUUUUGGACCGGUGCGGCCUGGCAUACUCAUGAUAGCAGUCUGCUGUGGAACUUCACAGAAAUAAUAAUCUCUAAGAUGCAGCAAGAUUGGGCUUGA